AAUAAAUUAUGUUUAAGACAAGAUAUUUAAUAACCAACCAAUUAACUCAUUUCUAAAGAUCAUCAUUCUCAAGUCAACCAUUUGAUUUAGUAGUAAUUGGUGGUGGUCCAGGUGGAUAUGUUGCUGCCAUAAAAGCUGCUCAAUUAGGCUUAAAAACAGCUUGUGUUGAAAAGAGAGGUACUCUUGGAGGUACUUGUUUGAAUGUAGGCUGUAUUCCAUCUAAAGCCCUUCUAAACAUCAGCCAUAAAUAUGAAGAUGCUCACAAAAACUUCAAAGGAUUAGGAAUUAAGGUUGAUAAUUUAGGAGUUGAUUGGACAUAAGUACAGAAGAAGAAAAGUGAUAUUGUUGGAUCACUUACAAAAGGAAUUGAAGGUCUAUUUGCUAAAAACAAAGUUUCCUAUUAUAAGGGAUGGGGUAAAUUUGCAUCUAAAAAUGAAAUCGCCAUUGAUUUAAAUGAUGGAAAGAAGGAGACAAUAACAACUAAGAAUACACUUAUUGCAACAGGAAGUGAACCCACACCCUUCCCAGGUUUAGAUUUUGAUGAGAAAAUAAUUAUCUCAAGUACAGGAGCAUUAUCUCUUUAAUAAAUUCCUAAAAAAAUGAUUGUUAUUGGAGGAGGAGUUAUUGGAGUUGAAAUGGCGUCUGUUUAUUAAAGAUUGGGAACAGAAGUUACAGUUGUUGAAUACUUAGACAACAUUUGUGGAGCUAUUGAUCUUGAAGUGUCUAAAGCAUUCUAAAAAAUAUUAACUAAAUAAGGAAUCAAAUUCUUAAUUGGACACAAAGUCUUAGGUGGAAAGAAUCUUGGUAAUGCUGCUGAAGUCACUAUUGAACCUGUGAAAGGAGGUGAUAAAAUUACAUUAACAGCAGAUCAUGUUUUAGUGAGCACAGGUAGACGUCCAUAUACCUAAGGAUUGAAUGCUGAAGUAUUUAUUAUCUACAACUUAGUCUAUUGGUGUAAAAUUAGAUAAUAGAGGAAGAAUCUAAAUUGGUCAUAACUUCACUACAGGAGUUGAUGGUGUCUAUGCUAUUGGAGAUGUUGUUGAAGGUCCUAUGCUUGCACACAAAGCUGAGGAAGAAGGUAUUGCUGUUGCUGAAAUCUUGUCUGGAAAGGUUGGUCAUGUCAAUUACGAUGCUAUUCCAGGAGUCAUCUAUACUAGUCCAGAAGUAGCCACUGUUGGAAAAACAGAGGAAGAAUUAAAGAAAGCUGGAGUUUAAUAUGCUAAAGGAUCUUUCCCAUUCUUGGCUAAUUCUAGAGCCAAGGCCAAUGAUGAUAUUGAAGGUUUCGUUAAAAUUUUGACUGAUAAAAAAACAGACAAAUUGUUAGGAGUUCAUAUUGUGGUAAUCUUUUGAUUUAAUUAUUAGGGACCAAAUGCUGGAGAAAUGAUUGCAGAAGCUGUUCUAGGUAUUGAAUAUGGUGCUGCUUCUGAAGAUCUUGCUAGAACUUGCCAUGCUCAUCCAACCUUAAGUGAAGCUUUGAAGGAAGCAUGCAUGAGUGCUCAUUUCAAACCUAUCCAUAUGUGAAAAGGGAGCAAUUGAUAAUAAAUAGUAUAAAUAUAUAUUCAAUAAAUUUCUAUUUUGAUA